ACCCACACACCAUCAGUCCCUAAUUGUUCCCUAUCACCUCAGGUCCAGACCCACACACUAUCAGUCCCUAAUGGGUCACUAUUCCUUAUCACCUCAGGUCAAGACCCACACACUAUCAGUCCCUAAUGGUUCCCUAUCACCUCAGGUCAAGACCCACACACUAUCAGUCCCAAAUGGUUCCCUAUCACCUCAGGUCAAGACCCACACACUAUCAGUCCCAAAUGGUUCCCUAUCACCUCAGGUCAAGACCCACACACUAUCAGUCCCUAAUGGUUCCCUAUCACCUCAGGUCAAGACCCACACACUAUCAGUCCCUAAUGGUUCCCUAUCACCUCAGGUCAAGACCCACACACUAUCAGUCCCAAAUGGUUCCCUAUCACCUCAGGUCAAGACCCACACACUAUCAGUCCCUAAUGGUUCCCUAUCACCUCAGGUCAAGACCCACACACUAUCAGUCCCUAAUGGUUCCCUAUCACCUCAGGUCAAGGCCCACACACCAUCAGUCCCUAAUGGGUCACUAUCACCUCAGGUCAAGACCCACACACCAUCAGUCCCUAAUGGUUCCCUAUCACCUCAGGUCAAGACCCACACACUAUCAGUCCCUAAUGGUUCCCUAUCACCUCAGGUCAAGACCCACACACCAUCAGUCCCUAAUGGUUCCCUAUCACCUCAGGUCCAGACCCACACACCAUCAGUCCCUAAUGGUUCCCUAUCACCUCAGGUCCAGACCCACACACCAUCAGUCCGUAAUGGUUCCCUAUCACCUCAAGUCAAGACCCACUCACCAUCAGUCCCUAAUUGUUCCCUAUCACCUCAGGUCAAGACCCACACACCAUCAGUCCCUAAUGGUUCCCUAUCACCUCAGGUCAAGACCCUGGGGGGGGACAGGGUAAAUGUCCAUUGGGGGGGACAUCUUGGGCAGGGGGACGAUGGUGGGGAUAACAACCUGAGCUAGAGAGAGUGAAAAUGUUCUGAUAACACAACAGCCAGCUGGUCUGGCCAUGCUCAGAGGGUGCGGCUAGCGUCUUCUAAUCUAGAUUCUUUACACUUUCUAGAGGACAGGGAGCCAUUAUGGACUGUCCCUGUCGUGUAAAUUACAGUAUUGACUGCUCAUUGACUCUGUUGUCUG